AUGUAUUCAAAUUCAGUGGGUGAGUUUCGUGAGGGAGAAAUCGAUGGAAAACCAUUUCUCAUAUACACUUUGUUAUCUCAAACAGAGAGCCCUUCUUCCGGUGAAGCAGCGGUUGAUUCCGAUGGUGGGGACGGCCGCCUCUCUCUUGAGCCUCGGAUCCUCUGUCCUACUUUACGUCUCAAAGUUAAAAAGUUGAAACCAUACACGAGAGAUUCAAAUCGUAGCUUUUUCCCGAUGGUUGUUUCCCCUCACUUCCCUACCAUACAAAGCGGUCAUGAACAACCCGAGUAUAUGCUUCAUUCCGACAGCUUUCAUCAAGAUUGUAUCUAUUUCCCGUAUGUCAUAAAAAUAUCCCGUCACCACCACCGUAUAUCUUAUACCUCCUCUCUUCCAUCCGGAAAAUGGUCUUGCGGAGUCUGUCGUCAAAUGGUUGACAACGACUAUGGUGCCUACUCUUGCAACAAGUGUGAUGACUAUUUUGUUCAUUCAAGAUGCGCGCUGCGGAGUGACUUAUGGGAUGGGAUAGAACUCGAGGGAGUACCUGAAGAACCUGAGAUUGUUGUUGAGCCAUUUAUCACGAUUUCUGAUGGUAUAAUACUCCAUUUUUCUCAUGGCCAUCAUCUGAAACUCAAGAUCAGUAGAGUCUACGACGAAAAAAAGGUUUGUCAAGCGUGCAUCCUUCCGAUCUAUGAGGGUAGCUAUUAUUCAUGUAUGGAUGAAUGUGACUUCAUCCUUCACGAAGCAUGUGCAAAUGCACCUUGCAAGAAACAUCAUGCUUUGCGUCCUCACCCACUUACACUAACGGUCAUCACUAGUGAAUAUGAAGGCAACGUAGGACGUUUUUGUUGUAAUGCUUGUCAGCGUGAAAGUUGUGGUUUCGUCUACGAGGAUCUCGGAGCAAAGAUUGGUGUGCUACCUUACCAUACAAGGCAAGGUAUCAACAUGACAAGCAUUUCCUCAAAUUUUAUGAGACGAAAGAGGCAAAUGAUCAUUCAGAGUGGUGUGAUGCAUGCGAAGGAAGAAUAUUAG